GCGGGUCCGCUUGCGAGGGCAAGCGGAACUCAUGCGGAGGUGGGAGGCAGACCUGGCGCGGGCAACGUACGGUGUACGCACAGUGGAGGCCCUGCGCCAGGUCCUGGAGAGAUGGAUGUUGAGGCGGCGCAAGCCUCUCACCUUCCGCAUGACGCAGGUGCUCACCGGGCAUGGCUGCUUCGGUGAGUACUUGCACCGCGUGGCCCAGCGGGAGACCGAGCCGGUCUGCCACGAUUGUGGCGAGGCUCGGGACACUGCUCAACAUGUUCUAGAGCAGUGUCCCAGGUGGAGUCGGCAGCGCCACGAUCUGGUGGCAGUGCUCGGUGGAGUGGAUCUGUCGCUCCCGAGUGUCGUCAAUGCGAUGCUCGGGAGUGACGGAGCCUGGGCGGCAGUGGCCUCCUUCUGUGAGACUGUUAUGUCACAGAGGGAGGCCGAGGAAAGGAACCGCGAGGACCACCCCCUCGCGGAGCCGAUCCGCAGAAGGCGGACGGGGGUGCGACGCAGGCGCUACCUUGCGCGCCUGCAGGCGCCCCCCUAAAUCGGUGGGACUAGUCCCACCCGACGGCAGGGGUCCACCAGGUGUCGGUGGGCCCCUGAGAAU